AUGACUAAAUGUCGUCAUUUCUUACUUGGAUUACCCCAUUUCACAUUGGUGACUGACCAUAGACCCCUGGUACCCAUCUUGAAUACAUAUACUUUGGAUGCAGUGGAAAACACACGUCUACAACGUCUAAAAGAGAAAGUUUCAUCAUAUAUCUUCACUGCAGUGUGGCGUAAGGGCAAGGAACAUUGCAUCCCUGAUGCCCUCUCACAUUCCCCUGUGAGCCUCCCAACGUCUGAGGAUGAUAUGCUAAAUAGUGAAACCCAUCUUUCCCUAAGGAGUGUAAUAGCCAAGACCGUCAACGCAAUUUCAGAGGUGAAGACAUCAACUACACAAGAUCUUACCUUGGAAGAAAUUCGCACCGCAGCACGUGAGGACCCUUCAUACACAAGACUCCUCCAGAACGUUGCCAAUGGAUUCCCCAGUCAUCGCUAUGACCUCCACAAUGACAUACUACCCUAUUGGAAAAUAAGGGAGGAAUUAUACACCGAUGAUGACCUUGUAUUGUACGGAGCCCGAAUAGUGGUUCCCUCAGCUAUGCGACGCAAUAUUUUAAAACGCCUUCAUGACAGCCAUCGUGGUGUGGAGGCAACUAAGCGUCGGGCUAAACAGACUGUAUAUUGGCCAGGUAUUAAUUCAGAUAUAGCAAAUACGGUCCACGCCUGUGAGCCAUGUCAGAUAAUGCAGCCAAGUCAACAGCAGGAGCCGUGGUUAUGCAACGAGAAGCCCUCUCGUCCUUUCGAAUCUGUAUCGGCUGAUUUCUUCAGUGUUGCUGGGAAAUCUUUCCUCGUGUAUGUAGACAGGCUAUCUGGAUGGCCAGUAGUGGUAAAAUUUGGUACUAAUACUACAGCAGAAGCAACGACACGACACUUCAGCCACAUCUUCCGAGACUUAGGUGUUCCUGUAAGGCUGAUGACAGAUGGUGGACCUCAGUUCACCAGCUCUGAAUUCAAAAAUUUUCUGGGCAGAUGGGGUGUUCAACAUGUGAUGUCCACACCCCACUAUCCCCAAAGCAAUGGCCAUGCUGAAGCAGCUGUAAAGAAGGUCAAACAUUUUAUCCUAAAGGUAGCACCUUCUGGGAAUAUCGACACCGAAGACUUUGACAGAGGAUUGUUGGAGAUACGGAAUACUCCUAACUAUGCUGGCCGUUCUCCAGCACAGAUUAUAUGGCCAAGCCCUCCGAUCAUGUGUCCCAGCCCAUGCAUCAUCAUUCAAGCAGGAAUGGCAAGCGAAAGCAGAAGAAUACGACCGUCGUGUAGCAUCAUGUUCUCAAGCAGCCAAAAUACGGUAUGA